AGAACAAAGAUGAUUAUUUAUCAAAUAGUGAUACAGUUGAAGUAAUCUAUUUACCAGGAUGUGAAAUACAAUCAGAUUUAUGUAUUACUAAUGAAAAAUUUAAUAUACGUUUAUUUGUUCCAAUAACACGUACUAAUUUACCAUUAUCAUCUGCAUUUGCUUCAUAUCAAUCAAAUAAGAUACAAACAAAUGAUGAAGAUCCAACUAUAAGUAGUAAAUUAAAACGUAGAGCAUCAUUAUUAUCAUUAACUUCAUUAUCCCAUUUAAGUAAUGCUCUUGGUAUAUCAUCAUCAUCAUCCUCAUCAUCACAUCAUCAUACACAGAAUGGACUCAUUAAUAUAAGUGGUAUUGGUGCAUUAACUGGUUCAUCGGCUACUAUGACUGGUCUUAUCAAUGAAUUAUGGUUACGAUUUUUUAAUUUAAAUGAUUACAUAGAUUGGUUAACAAUAUUACGUAUGACAACAGCUAUACAAUCAACAAUCACGCUUCAUUCUUAUACAGAUAUCUCUAAUACAUCAUCUAAGAAAUCAUCUAAGAAACAACAAACUAUUCUUUCUUCUUAUUAAAUCGUUCCACAUUCAAUAUAGAACAUAAAGCAAUUAGAAAUCUUAUCAAUUUAUUAUCACCAAAUUGUUUAAAUCUUAAACAAACAAAUAAUGAAAUGAUCAAUUUAACUAGAUUAUAUAAUCAUUUAGAGAAACGUUUCAUUGAUCUAUUACCAUUAAGAUUAGGUUAUUUAAAAGUAUCACAAAGAACAUGGGAUUAUAGACGAGAUCAUUAUUAUAAUCAAUAUGAUAGUUUAUUAAAACGUUCAAAUACUUUAACAAAUCAAGAUAAACCUCCGAUUCAUUCACAAACUAUACAAACACGAACAAAUUUUAUUCAACGUAUUACAUCUAUAUAUAGUCAAAUUAAUAAUUUAACAAGUUUACAAUGUAAAUUAAAAUAUAUUAAUGUAUGGGAACAAUUACAUUUACAUGGUAUUGCAUUUUUUACUGGACGUAUUGAAGUUAUUGUACCAUUGAAUACAUUAAUUCAUAAUGAAAAUGAUGCAUUAUGUAAUGAUAGUAAUAGUCAAAUCAAUUGGUGGUUAUCUAAUAUAAAUCAAUCAAUUAUUCAUUAUAAUAAUUAUGUAACUAUAUCAAUAAGUCGUAAAAUAGAAUCGAUUGGUAUUGGAUCUAAACGAAUUUAUCGUUGUGAUUUAACAAAUGGUGAUAUUAUAGCAAGUUGGAAAAUGUCAUCAAUACAAAGUUGGCAUAUUAAUUGGGAAUUAAAUGAACUUAUAUUAAAUUUAAUGAAUCAAACAAAAAUUCAAUCUAAUACUAAGAAUACUACUCAUAAUAUUAAUAAUAGUAGUAAUAGUAGUAAUAGUAAAAUGGAUCAUCAACUUCAUCAAUCCAUUGGUAAAUUCAAUGAAUUUACUGGUCGAGUUAUUAUAAGACCAAUAGAUGUAUCUGUAAGAAUGAUAGCUGAAUUUUUAGGCGGUUAUACAUUUUUAAAUUUAAGAUCACCAGAGAAAAAUCAAUAUCUUGCUGAAGAUAUUUUUUAUAAAUUAACUACUGGUAUAUCACAACCAUCAAUCUAAUCAAAUAUAAUGGAUGAUUACAUGAGCUUGAAUGAUGAUGAUGAUGAUGAUGAUGAUUAAAUGAAACCUUUGAAUGCUGAUGUCUUUCAAUGAUCGAUUAUUUUAUUGAAUAUUUGUUUGUUUGUUUGUUUGAAUGGCAUGCCGUAAAACUUAUCUUGUCUAUUUGUAUCUCUCCCACUUACUGACAUAUAUAUAUAUAUGUGUAUACAUCCAUAUAACUCUUGAUCAAUGGUUCAGUUUAUAUACAUACAAUAUACAUACUACAUAGAUAGAAGUAUAUACACAUGGAUACUACAUGCAUACAUCUUCCCGUAUAUAUUUUACCGAGUUGUUAUUAUUAUUAUUGUUCAUAAUAUCUUUUAUUGAUUAAUAUAUCAACUAAUUUUCUUUAUCAUGAUCAAUGAUCCUAUUUCCUAUGACAACUAACUAUAUCCUUUAUAAUAAUUCACUUGAAUUAUCUCAUGGAGAGUUAUUUUUAAGAAAUUGUAACUAUGCAUAAACAAAUCUAAUCUAUACAUUGAUUCAUUGAAUUAUAUUAAUCAUGAGAUAAUAUUGUUUUCUUUUCUUUUCUUUGCUUUACUUCUUCAUCUAUUACUUAUAUUCAUUUCGGUAGUACAAGUUGUGAUGAUGAUGAUGAUAGUGGGGGGGGGUGAAAGAUCAGAAAAGUUAUUUAUUAUAUUUGAUUGUGUAGUAUACAAAAUGAUAGGCAUCAUGAUUUGGUUCUUUUUAUUUUCACAUUCAUGAACUAUUUUAUUGAUUUAAUCUUUUUAGAUGCUUGUUAUUAUUAUUAUGAUGAUGAUAAUGAUUACUAUAAUAUUUAUGGCACUACUUAUUUCAGUAGUGCUGGAGAGAACAUAGAAAAGAAAGAAAAAAUAAUAUGACUUCCUAUUCAUUUAUGUAUCUUUAUAUUACGGUGCUUUUCAAUUGUUUCACUCAUCUCGUUUUUUGCGUGUGCGUGUGCGUGUGUGUGUGUGUUUAGUUGCUAAGACAUUAUUCAUACCUAAGAAAUAUACACAUGGAUUUUGUUGAUUUUUAUUGAUUAUCAUUAUUCUAUAAAAAUAUCAUAAUACAUUUACAAAAUGAUUUACCGCCAGUUUUAAUUGGGAAAAUUAUCAUUUCAUUUUCUUGAUAUAAGAGGGGGGGGUGGGUGAAUUGAUCAAAUUGUUACAUUUGAUGUUUAUAUAUGUACUGUAUAGAUGUGAAGGUGUCUUUCAUUAUUGAAUCGGUGUCAUUUGACAAAUUAUUGUAAACUUUUAAAGUAUACAUAAGAUAAGAAAAGAAGUAUCAAUUAAGUAAUAAGUUGAUAUCUGUUGACUAGUAAUCGAAGCUUUUAUUAUUCUCAUGAUAGAUUGUUGAUAGAUAAUUGAUGUAGUUUAAGGCGACCUGAUUUCAUUGAUUCUAUCUUCUUAAUCACUUAUUCAUAUUGAAUACAGUUAUUGAUCAACACAAAUUGUUUCUAACGUCGUUGGAUGCUGGCCAGUUCAGUGGUCUAGAGGUUAAGCGUCCACUCACGAGAGCGAUAGGUCCUAUAUUCGAAUCUCACGAGGCAGGAUCGUGGAUACGCAGUGCCGAAGCGUCCCAUAGUAAGAAGAAACAGAUGUCCAGUGCUUUGAGGUUUUCCAUGGUGAUCUAGCUUCAAUUGACUCAUGAUCUCAACUCUUAAAAUUACUAUAAUAUCCACACAAAACCCUUUCAAAUAUGAAAUUUGAGUACAUUUAAAACUAUUAAUAAUAAUAAUCGUUUAAAAAUAACUAAAGUAACCCUUUUGUAGCCUUAAAUUGAUUCUAGUUGAAUGGUAACAAUAAUGAAGCGUAAUUACUAAAUUAAUUUCAUAUAUUAUACUUAAGCUAACUGUUGUGCCUACCCUACCCCCCCCCAUUUGACAUCAUAAGCAAGAAUACAAGAGUGGACACGAAAGUAUAUUAAAUUACCGAAUAAAAUAUACAAUUACUUAUUCGGAUAUGUACAACUCAACCCUUUUAGGAAAUCAAUCCAUUUCUUAUCCACUGAAAUGCAUUUAUCUAUCAAGUUACUUUUGAUUACUAUUGAAUGACCUCAUUAGGCUACUUCUGAUUGGCUCACUAUAUCAUGAACUAUAUUGUACAAUGAUGAUUAUAAGGUGUAAAAUAUGUCGAAAUGAUUCAUUUGAGACAUUUAUUUACAUAGACAGAUGAUAAGAGAUGUAGUGCACUGAUAGAUAAUACAACAAUGUAUGAAAUACAUGUAAAUAGAUAGGUACAUACAAAUAAACCAUGAAUACAUAUGAUGGUUGUUAUAACUUGUGGUUUGAGUGUCCUGUUAAUGUAUAACGUAACAAUACCGCCAAUUAGAGAGCAGUGAAUUAUCGGUCGGACCAAUGAUGCAUAAAACCCGUACGAGCAGUCUAGAGUCCUUAUCGGUCCUGCUUUCCGCCUAGCCCAGCCAGUUAAUUCAGAACACCAAUCUCAGUCUCUGCAAUAUGAAUCAUUUAUCUCAAGCAUACAGGGUUUAUGUACCAAUCAAACAGACCACAACGUACCGUAAAAUGGGAAACAACAUUUGUACAAGACUUAGCCAAAUGUGGCUGUGAAUGAGGGAGCUAGUAAUUAAUAGACAGGGCAUAAUUCAAGAAUGGUAGAUCGUACAAUAAUAGUUCAUAGGUCAAAAUGAACCUCAUAAAAAAAGGAACAUGAAUAUGAAUAGUUUAGUUAUCUAACAAUUAUACGAUAAAAAUAUACGUAUAGUAUUGGUCCAUAAAUGGAUCCCAAAAGUUACCAUUCAUUAUGCUUAUCGGGACAUAAUAAUGGUAAACAGUUACCAAGGACAAAUAAAUGAAUAAGUUAUAGAGAAUAAGACAGAAGAAAUAACAAAGUAUAAACAGAUUUCAUUCAACUUAAUAAAACUAUUAAUAGUUCCUAUAAGUUACUUUAUCAAUAUGAAGUGAACGAGAACAUAUAACUGGAGACUAAUGGAAUGUCAUUAAAUACAAAAAUGCCUUAGUAAAAUCUGAGAACCAUAUAGUGAAUUAUUUCUUCCGGUUAGCAUUAGCGUUCACAUGGAGGACAGCUGACAGAUACAUUUCAAGUAAGAACCGAAGUCAGACAAAGCUGUCUACUCUCUCCCUUCAUCUUUCUUCUGAUGGUCGACUGGAUUAUGAAGACCUCGACAUGUAAGGGAAAACAUGGAAUACAAUAGACAGCCCAGAACCAUUUAGAAGAUUUGGACUUCGCAGAUGACCGAGCCCUCCUAUCGCAUACACACGAACAAAUGCAGAUAAAGACAACCAGUAUAGCAGCAGUCUUUGCAUCAGUAGGCCUCAACAUACACAAGGGGAGAACUAAGAUCCUCAAACACAGCACGGAGAACACCAACCCAAUCACACUUGAUGGCGAAUCUCUAGAAGAUGUGGAAUCCUCCACGUACCUACGAAGCGUCAUCGACGAACGAGGAGGUUCAGAUGCAGACGUAAAGGCGAGGAUUGGUAAAGCGAGGGCCGCAUUCCUACAAUUGAAGAACAUAUGAAAUUCAAAACAACUUUCAACCAAUAUCAAAGUCACAAACGUCAAGGCAGUUCUACUGUGCGGAGCUGAAACUACUACAACUAUCAUCAAGAAGGUACAAGUAUUUAUCAAUAGCUGUCUACGUAAGAUAUUCAACAUUCAUUGGCCGGAUACCAUCAGCAACAGCCUACUAUGGAAGAGAACAAACCAGCUUCCAGUUGAAGAAACAAUUAGAAAAAUACGAUGAAAAUGGAUAGGACAUCCAUUAUGCAAAUCAUCAAACUACAUCAUGAGAAAUGUGCUAACUUGGAAGAGGAAAAGAGGAAGGCCAUUGAGCACAUUACGUCGGGAAAUAGAAGCAGAUAUGAAGAGGAUGAAUAACAACUGGAAGGAGCUAGAAAGGAUUGUUCAGGACAGGGUUGGAUGAAGAGUGCUUGUGGUUGGCCUAUGCUCCUCCAAUGAGGAGUUACAGGAGUUAGUAAGUUAUACAGUAGAUUCUUCAUUUGCAAAAUGUCAAUCAAUCAUCUCAGACUUCAUUGUUCCUUCGUUUCCACACCAAUCAUCCAUUAUUCUCGUUCUGCUUUCUUCGAUCUUCUUAACCUUCUGCCGCUAGACAUUUAACUUUCCAUUGAUGAUAAAUUCUACUUAUAUCUAUUGACAUCAGUAUCACACACCACAAUAAAUUGUAAAAACAAUAUAAUUUGUCCAUCUAUGAGAACUCUUAAAAGAAUCCAAACAAUCUUUUAGUGUCAAAAGGGGGUUUUGUGGAGAUUUUAGUAAUUGUAUAGUUGAAUUCAUUAGGCAAUUGGAGCUAGACCAUCAUGGGAAACGUGGAUGAUCGUAGAUGCGCACUGAUGAAGAGUCCCACAAUAGGAUGAAACCGCCGUCCAAUGCUUCCACAUUUUUCAUGGUAACCUAACUUCAAUUGACUCAUGACUUCAACUACGUUGUUCUUAAUUACAAUUACGAUUUUAAUUAGGAAUUUAUAUCAGCUAUAUUGUAAAAAUAUUUUGUAGCCAUACAAUUAAAUUUAUUCUAUUAAAGAAAUACAGGAGGUAAAACAGGAUAAAAGUUACUACAAUCAAUCUGUGAUGGUAGCCAAUGACUUAGCAUAGGUUAGAUUCUUGAGUCUCAAAAUCUCAUUUCUUCCUCGUUCUAUACCAAAUCGUUCAUACACCAACUGAUAUUAUUACUGUUUUGUUCUUAUGUCUUGAUAAUAAACUACAUGAUAAGAUCAUCAAUUAUAAGCAUCGGCUUAUAUGACUUUGGCAUUGUGCCAAAUGAAUGAUGCGUUAACCAGUACCACCAGUCUAAAUUUAACUCUGAAUCCUUCUCUUCUAAUUGUAACCAUUAAGUCUAGAAUACAAUCUCACCUUUCAUUGCAUGAAUCAUUUAUUUCAAACAUACUGGAGUUUAUAUACAAGCAAUUUAGACUACAUCAUAUCAUAGAAUAGAAAAUAACAAUUAUACAAGAUCAAGCCAAAAGAUGAUUGUGAAUGUGAAAGAUUGAAACGAAUAGGUUGAGAAUAACUUAAGAAUAGUAAAUCAUGUCAUCUUAGUCAAUAGAUUAAAUGGAAGCUUAUAAUGCAAAAGAAUAUGAAUAUUCAUAUAAUACUGUUACAGCUAUAACACGGUAAUAAAGGUAACCAACAAUGAUUACGUAAUGAAGUUUUCUUGUAAAGUUUUGUAUCAAAGAGGAUAUAUGACAAGUUCAAAAAACGUGAAGAAUCAUUUAAGUAACUGAAGGUGAUAUUGAUAAAUAAUUAUAAAAUAUUAAAAGGAAGUAUUAAUGUGUUAUAUGCUACUGAUGUCAAUGGAUAUAAGUAGUAUUGUAUAUAGAAUGCCUGGUGGCAGUAGGUUAUGAAGAUCGAACGUGAACAUGAAUAAAGAAUGAUUGAUGUAGAAAAGAACAAUCAAUCAAGUAUGAAACGAGUGUUCUGAAUUCCACUGCUAGAAACUAUUCGUUUCUGGUUAAAAUAAAUGUUUAUGUUAUAAUGACCAUUUAUACAAAAUAUUAAGAAUACUGAGUUCCAUUUCCCAUGAGACUGUUGAUCUGCAUUGACAGGAAACGUCAAGUUAAACACAAAGUUUAUAUCCUUCACUCAUUUAUCUCAUCACAAUUGCUUAUUUUUGGACAAUUAACUGUGGUAAUACUUUUCUCAUUCAUUUGUGUUCAGUUAACCGGUUAGUAUUCAUGGGCUUCAUAAACCUCAUAAAUCACCACAUAUCUUAUGCUAAAUUUCGACAAGAACUACUGAGGUAUCUUAGUUUCCGGUUAGUGUAGAAUAAGUCCUAUUUACGAAUGAUUGAGGUUUCUACUGCGACGCCAUGAAUAAGGAUUCAGAUAGAGUGAAUGUUUGUCACACAACAACACUUUAACGUUAAACAUCCACACACAGUAAUAGAGAAGGUGAGACUUUCAGGAUAACUUUAUAUUCCCUACAGAAGUCAAAAACUGAAAAAAAUUUUACUCUAUUCUAUGGUACCAUGUUAUUAACUUGGAGUGCCUUAUGAAGUUAAUAGACUAAAAAUGAUAAGCAAUCGGGUGAUAGCAAAUAUUAUUCUGGGAAUACAGUAGGUGUGUCGUGACUCGGAUAGCUUAGUGGUCACGUCUCUGAUUAUGAAUCUGAGUGACAUGAGAUGAAACCCAUCAGGAGUCAUCGGUCGUCUCAAGAUUAUCAGUACACUUGUGGUGUGUGCUACUGAUGUCGACAGACAUGAACAGUAUGUAUCACUAAUGGAAAAUGGAAUGCUUCGAGGUUGAAAAACUGAAGAGAAGAGAACGAGAACAAAGAUUGAUUGGUGUGAAAACGAAGGAGCAAUAAAGUUUGAGACAAUUGAUUAACAUUUAGGAAAUGAAGUAUUUACUGUAUGGUUUUCAGAUUUUAGCAAAAUAUUCUGUAAUUUUAUGAUAAAAUACAUUUGGUUAUUCCUACUUGCACUUUUGUUCACUAGAUUAAAAUCAAAUUUAUAGCGUAAAUAUACUUAGAAGUUUUAAGAGUCAUCAUAUAAUGAAUGUUUAUGCAUGGUACUUUUACAUAAGGAAAUCAAGUUUGAAACAGCCAAUUGUAAUAACUAACAUUUGCCAAAAUGUUAUUAAUUUGAUAAUAUAAAGAUUCAUGAAAGAACAUUUAACAACGACUUGACAUGAUCAUUUCUUAGUGAUCAAUCAAUUCUAAAGAACAUUCAAUAUGAAACAACAACAAAAAGAACUAAUAUCAUGAUCGAUAUUUUGUUUGACAGCAUAAUGUGUAUAUGUUAAAUCUAUAGAAAGUUUAAUCACAUCAUUGUAAUACACUUGAAAUUGAAGUUCAUCAAAGAAAUCUUUGUCUAAAGAAUGAUGAUUUAUUGAGGAAUGAACAUAAAUAAGUGAUUAACAUCAAUUCAUGAAGUAACUAUAGUGUUAAGCAUACCUGUAAAUUUGAAAGAAAAAAAAAAGGUUUCCGACAUGUAUAACAUGAAAAAUAAUCACAAUUUAUAAUAGUUUCAAUGAGAGCUGAUUGAUCUAUCUAAACUGGACAAUAGUAAAUUAACAAGCUAUAAAACUAAACAAGAGUAAACAAAUAUGGUAACCGUAGUGUUUAAACAAACAUUUAAUGGUUACAGCAAACUGGGAAAAACUGUGACAGAGGCGAAGAGAAAGUAAUCAUAGUUAUUAAAUACAGUAAAUCAUUUCAGUACACAAAAAUAUAUUCAUAUAUUUACUACAAACAAACUUGCGUUGAACAUUUUGUGACGAUAACAACUGUUUACUAAAUAUUAGUAAGUAGUAUAAACCGAUAAACAAAAUUAAUUAAAUAACGAGAGAAUUGAGUCACAGAAAAGAAAUGAAAAUAAAAAAUUAUUUAAAAAAAUCAAUACAAAAAAAAAUUGGAUGAUCCACGUCAAAAAACAACAACAAAAAAUGUUUCGAAAAAACAAUAAAACACAAAGAAAGAAAUUUGCCAAAAAACAGGAUAAAAGAAAUUACAUAAAUAAAACAACCAAAUGAAUCAAUACAAAAAAAAUACAAAAUUACACACUUAGCCUAACAUCGUGUACUCACUCAGAAACAACCACAUGUCACAUCACAAUCUCAGAUGGAAACAAACACAAAUUGUUUCAUUCAUUCUAUUGUGAAUCACGAGGUGGCUACUCUAAUUUCUACCGAUUGACCAGCUUCAGAUAUCCCAGUCCAACCCCAAUAAUGUUACCCAAUCUCCAAUAUAUCAGAACACGACCCGUAGAUGAAAAAUUGUCUAUGGGGUCAGGAGCCGAAUAAUGUUUUACAAACAAAUGCAUAUUUAUACAGUUAGGAUUACUAUAAACAUUGACCAACAGGAAGAUGACACGGAUAAUAUUAACCAAUAGGAAAAUGACACGCCAAAUAAAUAUUGAUCAGUAGGGAAACGACCAAUAGGGAAACCACAUAAUUUAGCGUUCAAGGGUAGCAUUAGACGUAAGCGGAUAAUUGAUUUUGGGAUAUUUUUCUGAGUAUCCCAGCACCUCCCCUUUGGAAAAGUUAAUAGCGACGUGACCGAGAGUUUACUUGAAGUUUCUUUGGGUGUCUUCUUUUGCGAUCCGACCUCCGAGGCAACCACAUAGAACCAGAAGGAUGUUCUACUUGACUAGAUGACUUAGUCGUCUCUGUUAGAGGUAUUGGCCGAAGUUGAAAAGUAUCCAACAGCAAGUCGAGUAGGAUGCGUUUCGUAAUUGCUUCUUUCUCCUUAGUUUCCCUUGGCCUUAGUUGAUUGUGGUGCCUGGUCCAGAUUUCUUGACUCACCUCGACAUCAUACAUGACGUCCCCAUGUUUCUUUGUGACUUCACCCUCUACCCAUCUAUCGCAUCCGUGUCUAGAAUCUCGCGCAUACACUUUCGUACCAAUUUCGUCGGGAAUUCGAGUAUUUCUCAUUUGUGGGCUUUGCUGGGCCCCUUCGUUGGGUGUCAACGCGCUAUGAGCUGUCCGUAGCUUUCACUCUAUAAUCAUCUCAGCAGAGGAUUUGGAGUUUGACAAUAAGUCAUGCGGAGUCGUCCGGUACACAACUAGAAAUCACUCUAUGAUAUCUUCUGUGGUCCCCUCCCCUCGUGCUUUAAGCAUGGCUCGUUUAAAUGUAUCAACGAACCUUCCAGCUUGUCCAUUAGAUUGCGGGUGAUAUGGCGGAGAAUGGGCAUGGUUGAUCGAAUUUUGCAGGCAAAAAUCUCGGAAUUGGCUAGAUGUGAAUUGUGAACCAUUGUCUGUUACUAUUGUUUCUGGAAGACCAUGCUGAGCGAAGAUCUGAUUAAGGAGUUUGAUGGUCCGAGUUGUAGAGGGUGGCGCAAUUGGCAAUAUCUCCGGCCAUUUGGAGUAGGAGUCAACCAGUAUCAGGUAUGUGGUACCAUCUAGGGGUCCGGUGAAGUCAAUAUGCACUCGCGACCAGGGUUUUUCUGACUUUGGCCAGGGUACUGGAGGCAACUUAGGAGGAUUUUUCGCAGCUUUUUGACAAUGUGAACAUCUUUUGACGAAGUCGACAAUCUGCUUGUCCAUAUUCGGCCAAUAUGCAUGGCUGCGAGCGAUGGAUUUCAUACGGUUUAUCCCUGGGUGUCCAGAGUGGAAUUGGCGUAGGACUUUGGAACGUAGGGUUGUUGGAAUUACUACGCGAUCACCGAACAUCAGACAAUCGUUAACAAUACAGAGAGCGCUGCGACGAUUCGCUAGUUGUUGCAUAUCACCACUCAGCUGCUUAACUGGCCAUCUGCUCUGAACAUAGGUGAUCGCUUCUUGGAUAAUCGGGUCUUCUCUGGUAGCUUCCCGAACAUCUUCAGCGGUAACAGGCAUUGCUCGAACGGCAUUCGCUAAUAGUGUAGCACCGGAAUCCUCUUCGGUUGAUACUAUGGCUAUGAGUGUGUCCUCAUCAGUGGUAGAAUGGUUACUGAUAAGUCUGGACAGUGCAUCUGCUUGACCAAAAUCUUCGGAACGUCGAUACUGGAUGUCGAAGUCGUACCCCAAUAACGCCAACGCCCAACGUUGAAGACGAUUAGCAGAAUGGGCAGGAAUGCCUUUCUUUGAUCCAAAGAUUGAUAACAACGGCUUGUGGUCUGUGAGCAAGGUGAAACGGCGCCCAUAAAUGAAUUUGUGGAAUCGCCGGACAGCAAAAAUUAGGGCUAACGCUUCCUUCUCUAUCUGGCCGUAGCGUUUCUCAGCAGGUGUUAGUGUUCUCGAAGCGUGCAUCACCGCUUUCUCUGACCCGUCGGGAAAGACAUGUGAGAGUACGGCACCCAGUCCAUGUGUUGAAGCGUCAGCAGCAACCACAAUGGGUAGUUUCGGAUUGUAGUGGGUUAGCAGAAGAUUGGAACUUAGCAUGGCUUUAAGUUUUGAAAAGGCUGACUCACAUUGCGUUGACCAAUUCCAAGUAGCAUUCUUUUCUAGCAGACGAUUUAAUGGAUAUCGUACGUCAUGCAGUGAUGGAAGAAAUGCUGAAUAGUAGCUAAUCAUUCCCAAAAAUGAUCGCAGUGAGGAGACAUCAGUGGGAGCAGGCAUUUGUUGGAUUGCGUAAGUAUUUUGAGGAUCAGGGUGUCGUCCGGAAGCAUCAAAGAUAAACCCCAGGUACUUAACGAAACGUAAGAAGAAUUGGCAUUUUUCUGGGCGAAGGCGAAAACCAUUAUCCUGGAGGCGUUGCAGAACUAAGUGGGUUCUGGUAUGCAAUUCAUCAGCAGUUGAGCCGACAAUGAGGACAUCGUCAAGGUAUGUAGCAACACCAGGAACAUCUGCCAGAAUAGUGUCCAUGAUCUGCUGGAAGAUCGCUGGAGCAGUUUUGAUACCAAAGGGUAACCGGGUAUACUGAAAAAGUCCUCGGUGAGUGUUGAUUGUCAACAACUCUCUGGAUUCGAGAGCGACUGGAAUUUGAAGGUAAGCAUCUGCCAGAUCCAGCUUAGCAAAAUAGGUACCACCAUUUAAAAUAGUAAAUAAGUCAUCUGGGAUCGGCAGCGG